AUGUAUCGUAUUGGAUGUGGAUCCAUUGCACCAGAAGCUUUGCAAUUUUUGGCUUUACUAGAAAAGCGCUUCCCCAGUGGUCCUAUUCGACUUGGCGAUGUGGUCACUAUUUCCUCCAGCCACUUGUUGUACAAUUUUCAGAUAACCAAAUGGACCGUUGGUGAUCUCGUAACACCUGAACCCGUUAAAAAACGCUCAUCCAGAUUGACUCGAUCCUCAGAAUCCACUGGUGAACCAGAUCCACUUGUAGCUGAAUUGACUGGUCUACUGGAUGAAGGUUCAGGUCUUUUACCGAAUUAUCGAUUCUCCAGUCCCGCGUCCAGUCCCAUAUUUUAUCCUCCAUUUGACGGGCUAACCAAGACUGCGCCAAGACUUCAACCAAUUUCUCCGAUCAAAAUAACGGUGCAUCAGAUCACCAACGUGCAAUUUCCACCGAAAACAUUCGAGAAGUUUGAUGAUGUUAUUAAUAACAAUUUGGUGGUUACACUCUAUCGGCCGGAUCGAGGUAACGUGAGUGAAUUGGAAAUUCGAUCUCCAAAUACACCCGUGGAACGCUUCGGUGCCGUGAUUCCGCGGGACACGAGAGAGUGGAUUUCAUUCGAUCCAAAAAGUAAGAUUGUUCGAUUACGGCCACUCCCGCAACAUGUGGGCAAUCAUCAGAUGAUAUUAUGUGCCCUCGCUCCAAAUCGGCCAAGAGCCUGUGGGAUGUAUUGGUGCUACCGAAUUCCGAUUUAUUGGUUUGAAGAAUUAAAGGCAACAUCAUUUGAAAAUUUGGAACUAAGCGUUAAUGGAGAUUCGCCGUUCUCCUGGGACGUCCAGUCCGCUGAAAUUUGUGUCGUGACCGUGCUUCGCGUGGAGCAAAUCAUCACCUUGUUUUUUCAUGCCAGCAACUCACACAUUGCUCAGAGCGUAGAAAUUGAGUUUCGUCUCUCUGCAAAAGUACCAACGGUGCAGCGACUUGUCUCCAGUUCACGUCUACGACUUAGUCUUCAAUGGCCUAAAGGUGUGAAAUCGUACCAGCUGCGAGAAUUGAAUCGACUCAAUGCAACCUUGGCACAGGCCCUUCGUGUUCGGGUCAAUCCGGAAGUUACCGCGCCCAAUUUGUUCAUUUAUGAUAUCAUCCACUUUUUCAACUCGGCAAACAACUCUCUACCGGCUCGUUUGGAAUUAGAGUGGGUAUUCUUGCCCAAAGGUCUUCCAAUUGAUGUAGACCGUGAUCCGCUCGGGGACUUGGAACAACUGCGUAAAAUCCCUCGGGUUGGAACGCUGACCGGACAUCAAACAAGUUACUUGGAUAGACCAGCCGGACUAAUCACACUCCCGGAUUUAUUGAAGCUCUGUAAAACAGCUUCACUGGACGGGGCCGAGGCCGCUCUGCGGGCCACAGCUGAAUCGUUUAGACCAUUCAAACUGGACGAGGUCACACAACAUGAAUUGGAGAACUCUGCGUGUCACAAGGCGCGACAGCUGACAGGAAGAACUUCGGCUGGUGGUUCAUCGCUUACUUCAUGGGGUUCAGGUGAGACAAGUGUGGCGUUCAAGAAAAUCAUCAAUCCGGAAAAGGCCACUCUUUUGAAGAGAAUUCAAUUCAUGGAACUUGUUGAUUCACGAAAUGCGUACGGGGAAAUGGAUGGUAUCGCUAUGAGCAGCCUGCUACGCCCAGUCCUGGCAGACUUGUUCAUGACACAUCUGGAACAAAAAGGAACUAAUAUGAUGGGGCGUGCUAUCCUGUACAAAAGAUACGUCGACGACACCCUGGUUAUAACCGAAAGCUGA